AUGGCGCUAAAACACUUCCGGAAGUUGUCACCAGUGUUAGUAGGGUUUAACCACAGAUGUGAAAUAUUCGGACGGUCUUUGACUUCGAGUUUGCAGCAGAUAAAACUCUCCCGUGCAAACGCAGGAACAGGUAAAGUGUGUUUGAAAAUGCAGUUACCUAUUGUUGGCCAUAGGGGGCAGCAGAGGGCAGUGUACUUGGAUCUUCACCUUUAGUUUUUGUAAAGCAGUCCAUCUCUUAAAAUAGCCCGUGUGUGAGGAAAGGUUAAUGUAACCGGUAGUUUUGUUUUCUCCACUUUGUCAUCUGGGAUGCAGCGGCCUCAGUCUGUGGUUGUCAGCUGAAUUCCCCAGGAUGACCCAAACAAUGUCAGGUCAACUGCCUGCUGCAGCCUCAAACCACAAUCACACACUUUGAAACACACACUAAGACAAAGCAGAAAAGCCUGACUGUUGUCUUUUUAUUGUCUCUCUGAUUCUGUUGUCAAGUCUAUAUCCACAUUAAACAAUUAUCAUUCCAUCCUCAGCCAUCUGACUGCAGGGUGUGAGGUGGCGUCCCUCUCAGUGUUUCAGGGGUUGAUGGUGGUUUCUUUCAGAGCAUCUCUGUCAUUCUCUCUCAUUAGCUGCGGGACAGACCGUGGUCACAGAGCGCAGGGGGCGCGUGGUAACUGUGGGGAUAAACCGCCCUGAGGUGCGCAAUGCGGUGAACCAGGAGACGGCAAGGCGUCUGCUGGAAGAGCUGGAGGCCUUCGACAGGGAUCCAGACUUGAAUGUGGCUGUUCUGCAUGGAGAAGGUAAGAGAAGGAAGAAAGAAGGGAUGAACAUUUGACUCUAAAAGGGAUAUUCUGGUGUAAAAUUAAGUAAGGGUCAAACACAUCGUAACAUCGAGUUUGACACCCCCUCGAGAGAUGGAUGUUGCAGACCGCUUGCUUCUCUAGUUAUACCAACUUUAGUAACGACCGCACGAUAGCAAUACACAGCGGCCUGAGGAGCCAUCAACAAACCUCAACCAAAACGCCACUCUAUAGCCACAAAUAAUGCUCAGAACAGCACCUAACUUCAUCAACAGUACAUAUAGGGUCCCAGCCACAGCACUACUCACCAAACAUCUUCUUAACUUUGCCUGAUUUCUUUAGCAAAGAGACUAAACUCAACUCACCUACUCUCUUCGAGCAGCCGCUUGUUUGUAGCGAGACCUCAGGGCAGUCCAAUACGGACUGUAGCGGGGUGACGCAGCUCAAGGAAGAACAUUUACGAUCAUUUCCUCAUGGAAAUGCAAUCAGACCGAGACCCUAAGGUAGAAGAACUACCACGUCAAUGAUUAAUAUGGUGAUUAUUACUUAAAGGAAAUGAUAAAGAAAUCAUCAUAAAUGUUCUUCCUUGAGCUGCGUCACCCCGCUGUAGUCGAUGGACUUGCCCGGAGGUCUUUGUACAAACAAGCGGCUGCUGAAAGAGAGUAGGUGAGUUGUUUUUAGUCUCUUUGUUAAAGAAUUUAGGCAAAGUUAAAAAGAUGUUUGGUGGUUAGUACUAUGGCUGGGACCCUAUAUGUACAGUUGAUGAAGUUAGGUGCUGUUCUGAGCAUUAUUUGUGGCUAUAGAGUGGCGUUUUGGUUGAGCGCGUGACUCUGUAUUGCUACCUGCAGUUGUUACAAAAGUUAGUAUAACUAGAGAAGCAAGCUGUCAGCAACAUUAAUUUCUCGACGGGGUGUCUAACUCAGUGUUACGGUGUGUUUGACCCUAAAUUAAUUUCACGCCGGAAUAUCCCUUUAAUUCAGAGUACAGUGUAUAGUAACUUAUUUUCACAUUUCUGGCAUAUCAGGGGACAAUGGUAAGGAAAAAAAGAGGUGUUGUAGAUAAGUCUGGUCUUCUCUUACCUUUGUGCUCUCUCCAUCACCUUCUCCUCAUAUAUCCUCAUAUUUCACCAGCUGUUGCUUCUCAGACUCCUUCAUUCGAGCCUGAAAUGAGCUGCUGUGCACUGAAAAAAAAACCCCACACUCAAACACCUGUGAGGCCUGCACUGUGUCAAUCCCUCAAAGCCAGAGUCGUGCUAUGAUUUUAAUAGCUCUAAAAAUAAUCACCACACACACUGAAUGAACUCUGUUCCUCAGUGGAAAUAAUGUCUUCAACCUGGAUCAACCUGUCUGCUGUAGAAGGUGCGCUGGGAUCUCGAGACACAAGUAUGUACUUUGUUUGGGGCUUUAGAAGUUGGAUCCUCUCCAGAUGACGGCAGGAGAGUAGCUGUGAGUAGAAAAUUGUGAGUGAGGAGGAGCAGUACGUCGGUGUUAAACGGCUGAGUAAUGAAUCCGUCGAGCUAAAAUGACUCGUCUGUGAUUUCAUUCCUGUUGUGGCUGUCCUGUGAAGUCGAGGUGAUCAGCAGUUUGUCUGCGUUAUCCAAUGACAAGCAGAAAAGUUCUAGUUUGGACUUCUAUCUGAAACAUAAGGAAUCCAUUUACUUCAAAUUAGAGCCAACACAAUAACUUUCCUCCUCUCAUUUUUCAGUGUCAAAGUUUUACUUUUAUCUAACAAGCUGAGAGUAAUUGCUUUCUGCAGAUUUGAAGCAUCCGGGGAUAGAUUUUUCUCGACUCUGUGAUUUGGGUACAAAUGUGAUCAGCUGAAAUGUGAUGAUGCCAUUAAGACUUAUCGUUGUAGGAGGCGUGACGCUCGACCUCCUAGAGCUGCCAUCCUGUGGCCGUCCACCAGAUGCCCUCAGACGUUACCAUCAGACUCACUCCUCAGCUGUGCCAUCACCUGUCCUCGCGCUUGUACACCUGGGGUCCUAUUCAUUCCUCUAACACUGAACAUUUGCAGCACAGACUGUGACACCUGUGACACCCGUAUAUUUUAAGGGAUGUGUUUCUACCUCCUCCUGCAUUUAUUCCAAAUUUGGGUGGAAAUCCAUCUGAGGCUGACAACCUUGCAUCUCAAAUUUGAGUUCCUCUCACAGCAGCACUCCAGAUAAAAAUCUGCCACAUACUUGACAUCUAAUUGCUCUGUCAUCAAACUUAAUGAUCUAAAAUUUUGCAUAAAUUGACUUUUUUUCUUUCUUCUCACAAAGACAUAAAGCUUUAGGGACCUCUGUCACAUCCCAGCUGCGAUAAACAACAUGACACAGUUCCUCUGUAAUUGCCCUGUGCUGACCCACAUCUGUAAUCACAGCUCCGAGUUAACGGGUGUUGCUUGCAUAUGUGUUUGUUAUAAUCAUUUUCAUUACCGUUACAUAAAGUAGAGAGGAGAAUUUUAUGAGACCCUGCCUGAGUCUGUGAUAUAGUGUUUGUUAGCCUCUUGGGUGAUGUUGUAAUUCCCACAUGACUCCAACAGAAGGGGCUGUGGUUGGAGUAUACCAGUCUUCCAUUAAUGAGGGUAUUAUGUAUGUGCAUACGUGUGUGCAAGCGAGCACAUGUGUGAACUGUGACUGUGUAUUGGAAUUGGGCUCUUAAGGGGAAGAGAAGCAUUUGUAUGCCAGCCAGGCCAAAGCAAGCUGCUAUCCAAAUUGCAGACCUUGGACUCCAGCUCAACUUGUUUCUUUUUUUUCAUCCUCAUCAUUUUCCCUUCCUCUCCGACUUGCCAGCUGCCAUAGUUUGUAAUUUUGUGGUCUCUUCCAGGAGGGAAUUUCUGCGCUGGUUAUGAUCUGAAAGAGCUGGCCAAUCACACAGCUUCCCUCAAAUUGGAGCAAGAUGUCACCAAGGGUCCUGGUCCGCUGGUGAGUGCUGUAUGAGAUGUCUGCAUGAGUGUGUGUGUGUGUGUGCUGGUGAGAUGAAUUUCUAUAUCUCCUUUUGAUUCAAGUCGAUGGAUGUGUUUAAAACAUGUCAGAAAUUAGAGGAUUUAGUCAGAAGGAAUAUUCUAGUAGUUCCUGAGUCACUCACUGGUCGUUUCCUUUAGGGUCCCUCUCGUUUGGAGCUCUCAAAGCCCCUGAUAGCAGCAGUCAGUGGCUUUGCCGUGGCAGGAGGGCUGGAGCUGGCUGUGCUGGCAGAUCUGAGAGUAGUAGAGGAGAGCGCUGUGAUGGGGGUGUUCUGCCGCAGGUUUGGUAGGUCCUACACCUCACUUUAUAGACGUCCUCACUGCUACCUCGGUUAUAUUUAAACCCAUGUCCUGUAAUAUUAUGUAAUCAUAUCCCCACCUGCAGCAGUGAGUGGAUCUGCUGUUCUACGAGUCCCUGUAGUCCCUUCUGAGCAGACUGCCUCUGUUUCCUCUCUGUCUUUGUUUUGCUGCCACUUCUGUCCGUCCGUCCAUGAAAGUAUCCUUUUGUUUUUCUUUGAAUCCGAGCAUUCAUCAUCUGCCUCCUAAUGCCAGGAAGUGGACGGUGUUUCUAUUUUUCAACUUUGUUUCUCUGUCCUCUGUUAUCACCACAGCCUCCUCUUGUUUGUGCGCUAGGACACAGUCAUAGUGUGAUAACAGCAGCGACUGUGACCUUUUGGCAUCACAGCCAGAGUCUGCUGGGCAGUCUUGAUAAGUAGGAAAGGAAACAACUGACUGCCAGGUUUCCACUGCAGAGCCAAACAGGGCUUACAUAUUAUUUAUGUCACACAAUUUCCUCAUAAACAACAUUUUCCUUUUUUGGCGUCUCUCGGCUUAUUGGCACGGUUCGCCCUUUGACUCAGCUAUAGUUUAAACGUGGUUACUUUGGAUCUUCAGCUGAGCUUAUCCUCAUCCCAGAGAGUUUUCCUUGGCUUGAGUAAAAAUGUCUCGUGUUGUUAGACCAUCACGGCAUCCUUCAUAUAGUUGUCAUUUUUUAACUGGAGGGUUUUAAAAUACAAGCAUGGUGUUUAUAAAUACAACGGUUGUACUAUAAUUUACUGGUAGUACUAGAUAUAGAUUGUAAACAUGCAGGCUUAUCAUCUCAGGCCUGUAAUUUACCAGGAGAGCAUCCUGGCAGUGUCCUUGUCUGUCUGUCUGUCUGUCUGUGUGUCUGUCUGGUCGCGACUCUUCAGUGCCAGGCCGCAAUCCAGCGUUUCCGGUGCUACUUUCAGUUCAGAAGAUAGGAAAACUUCAUAUUAGGUGAAAGCAUUCAUUAUUCAAACAAAAUGUGGAUGUAAAAAGAUGCACGUGACUUUCCUUUCAGUCUGUCUCAGCAGUUUGCAGCAGAUUUGAUGUCACACUAUCUGGUCUCGGUGGCCAUUCAUGCUGGCUGUAGCAGAAACUCUGCUCCCUUUAUCCAUGUUGUUUUCCUUCUCUGAAAAGUCUGUCAGCUUUCAUGCCUCUCGAGGCUCGAUCUGGAGGAUUGUCGGCUGUUCUGACACAUCCCUAUUGUACUGACGUUUGUAGCUGUCUGGUCUGAGAGUAAUCCUGUUUUCCAUAAAGGUUUUGAGGCGAGCUGUGUCACAACAGACUGCUGCAGAGGGAGUUGAUUUUCUUCUUGCGGCAUCUUGUCCACUUUUAAUUGUGACAAAUACAGCAGUUAGUUCUGGGAAAAGGUAAGAGGUGCUUGCAUCCACGAUCCAUCUGUGACAUUGUUUUGAUGUCAUGGCGCUGGACAUGGCGACACACAACAGGAGUGUGUGAGAAUGGAUGAGUGUUUUGUGUUGGAAACGGUGGUUUAAAGUGAAUAAUUCAGGGACGCAUCCUGAAAUGAUACCGAGCACUCACCUGUUCAGAUUAGCCCACUCCUUGUUAUUUACCUUGUUCUAUUUUUAUGUUUAUUUUAUAUAUAUAUGUAAAUAUAUAUAUAUAUAUAUAUAUUUUUCAUCUUGUUUUUAACUCUAUUGCUCUUAUCUUGUUGUUUUAUGCUGCUCUUCUUACCUUGUAAAGUGACCUUGAGCAUUUAGAAAGGCGCUUAUAUAUAAAAUGUAUUUUUAUUUUUAUUACUCAAACGCCACUUUUCUUUGGUUUUCUUUCUUCCUACAUGUAACAAUGAGGGACAUACCAGACCCCGUUGUUAGGCUGUUCUCAUGGAUCUUCAUCAGGGAUGCUAUUAGACAAAAAAGUCUUAUAAAGAGUGCUGAGAAGCUGAAAUCCUGAGACAUUUCUUUCAAAACUAUCCGCCAACUUCUCGGGAAGUGGGGUUCUUAAACGCCACACGUGUUCAUAAACAUCGUUAAGGUGAAAUCCUGGUUUGUGUCAGUUAAGAUUUAUCACGGCUGCCUCGCAAAACGAGGAUUUUCAAUUUGGACCCGAGCGAAGGAAAGACAGAUGCUACAGUGGAAAAAGACACAGCAGCGUACAUUAAAACUUUAUUUCCCAACAUUAAACAAUUGAAAACCAAACUUCCCUCCGCAUAUACAUCAAAGUGCUGCUGCUCCGUGGGACGCACCGUUUAUUUAAAGAUCCUGUGUUUCUUACAGAAUAUUUCCUUUUAAUGGUCGAAUUCUGUAACCGUUUUGGGGCUGGGCGCAGAUGGAAGCAGCCCGAGGGAAUCCCUUGUGGUUUUGGAGUCAAAAAAAAGUAAACCCUCAGAGGCCCUCAGCGCUGUUCUGAUGUGGGCCAAUGGCAACCAUAAGGAUCUGACAGCUUUCUGGCACGUGAUUGGCUACCAAACCUGUGGCUUCCUGUCUGGGGCCCCUAUACCUCAUCUAGGAGGAAAUGAGAAGGAGGAGAGAGUUGCGUCACAGAAGUCUGGUAUUAGCGUCUAAUAGUCAUUGAAUUGUGAGAGACGUGAGCCUAAAAAAGACGCUGUGCUAACCUGAUUCCCUCAUGUGAUUUUGGAUAUUCGAACCAGGAAAGUAUCAGAAGAAGAGGAAACUCAGAUUAGUUCAGCGAUAAUUUAUAAAGAAAUAUAUCUUUGAACGGCGUGGCUAAAUAUGGAAAGCAUGGCGUUGGUUCAAGAUAAUCAGAGCACACCUUCAAAUAGAGUCUCUCAGCUCAACAAUAAGUCAUGUCGGUGGCUUUGCCUUCCCUCCUCUCUCAUACCUGGACGAAGGAUGGAGGACGAGCGCCAAAGGAGAAGAAGAAGCCACAUGUUGAAUCAAAAAGUGAAACCUCAGUCCAAAGCUGACAUAACAUCAGCCAAUUCAAACACCCGCUUAGUGAGUUUGAAACUGAGUGACAUAGCCGAGAGGUUACAUCAUUUUGCCUUCGGACCGACGCUCAAAUUAAACUCUUGGGUUCUUUCUCAGUAACGAUUGGAUGGACUCAGCAGUUGUGCGCUGACAUUUAGAUAAAGCACUAGAUUCAGAUGUGAUCUAGUUGUCACUGUUGUGGUCUUGAGCCCUGUUUGAAACCUUGGUGGUCUUGUGCUACGCAGCUACAGCCAUGGUAUUAUCUUACUAUACUGAAUAUAUAACAUAAAGGUUCUUUGUGAGAGCGAUUACACUCAAUCCCCGUCGCCUGUUCAAAGGGAGAUUCGGGUUCAAGGUCUGCUCCAUUUAGUCUGGAGUUGUCCGGAAAUCGUUAAUCCACAUCAAACUUAAUCGCAUUACCCUCAUGGGAGGCCAUUGUAGUGGGUUUCGCUUUGAUGUGGGGAGGAUUCCAGCAGCACCAGUGGCAAACCAGAACACCUCCGAGUGUCAUGUGUCAGAUUGAGUUUUCAAGCUUUGGCAGUUGUAGCUGCCAGAUUUAAUAUCUCAUGAAGAGUGGUCCCACUUCGCAGAAUAUCCACCAUGUUUAGGUUUGAAGUAAAGGCGACACUAGGAGAUGAAGGUCCUAAAAAACAGAAAUAUAUCUUGUUCUUAAACUCCUGACUUUUGAUCUAAAAGGAGGCAGGAGUCUCCCUUCAAGAGGAUGCCUUCAAAGUCCGAGGUACUUCCAGCGCCUCAGCUUCCGUUUAUGUAGGACAAAGCGCAGAUCUGGGUAAAUUCCUGCAAACAGACACGUCAGAGACGAGACUAUCAGUCAGAGCGGGUGAGGGUUGAAGGUGCUGGAGACGAGUGUUGUGGAUAAGACACUAGAUCCUUCCGGUCUCUGAUAGCGACGGUGCCAACAGCAGCACUAAAGACAGACAGCUUGGAGGUCAGCCUGGCUCUUUAUCUAUCCUUGGAGUCAGGAUUUGAAAAACUGAGUUAAUCCAGUAUUUGGUGAUAGAGUAACACACUCCCCCACCUAAUCAUGGUCUUCUGUCAGACCACCAUAAGCGCUGAACAUCAGAUCAGGCUCCUGGAUUGGCCACAUGUGUAUUAACACUGGUAUUUCAAUCUGAUUUAUUUAAACUAGAUGGAGAAAGAGAGCAGCUCGCAGGGUAUGAAUAGAAUCACAGUUUUUCCACGACUCCCCGCAGAAACUCUAAAAGCUUGCAUGAUGGUCCGGGGUUAUAAAAACAUGUCCGAUACAUGUGCUCUCAAUAAAGGGUGGUCAAAUAGAAUCAGAGGCUUGGAGGAACUGGGGAGUUGGGAUUGUGGCGAGGAACUUGGACGCACUGAACAGGAGAAAAUAUGCCAAUUCCAGCUGGUGCUCUUUAGAAAUUAGGACAGAUGCCAGCGGCUUACUAUACCUUGAAUGUGCUCUCUCUCCUCCGUCUCGCUCUCUCUCUGUCAUCCUCCUUUUUUUCCCUUUUCUCCUUGUUAGAAGCAGCAAUAAUGUAAAUGUGUCCAGUGGGACUGAAAGCUUUAACAUACAGAGGGAAAGACAGCAGAAUUACACUUAAGGGGUCAAAUUUGUCGAAACUUUAUGCCCUUGACAGCAGUAACCUAGAUUAAUGCCAGCAGUGAAUUGGGUAUUUUUGAGUUUAUCUUGGGCUGUUUUCACUCCGCUGAACAUUCAGGCGCAGCAGCGGGUCGUCUUACACCAUGUUUCAGAUUUAUUUCCCACAGGUAUCUUUAGGUGUGACAGAGCCACAACCAGAUUUUGAGAUUGAGAUUGUUUAUUUGAUCAAAUGUACAUACAGUACAAUUUUAGACAAGAAAUUCACUAUUUUUGGAGAUCGAAAAGGAGUAGGUUGAAGCUAUUUAGCUUAUUUGUACCUACUCUCAUUCCUUCCUAUUCGUUGAACCUUUACAUGUCUCUAGAAUUUAGAAUUUCUGAAGUCGGCAAAAAGUAACCAAAGCUCCAAGGUCUAACAUGAAUAUGUAACUAAUAAUUAAUACUAAAACAAAGACCUUAUAUAUAUACACCCAUACCUAUAUAUACAUAUAUACACACAAAUAUGCACUUUAAAAAUAUACACUUAAAAUACUUCAGAUCUCUUAUUUGUACCAUACCCGUAUACAAUAUAAUAAGUAUGGCAAAACAAAAAUCACUUUUUUAACUGAUUUUCGCUUUAAUUUGCUUUUAACGUGUGCUAGUUUUUUGCUUUGUUUAAGAUCAUUGGGCAUACUGUUCCACAGCUUCACCCCCACAACAGAAAUUCACAUGUUUUUUAGUGUGGUACGAGCGCCUGGUUGUUUUAAAUUUCUUUCUCCUCUCAAUACAUACCUGGGAGUAGAUUGUUACUGCCUUUGUACAUUGUCUGUGCAGUUCUAAAUUCAACUAUAUUGGCAAAUUUUGAUACUCCUAAUUUCAGAAACAGUUCAUUAGUAUGAUGGAAGAAUCCUACCUUGUUAAGAAUCCUUAUUGCUCUCUAUUGCAAAAUAUACAUGUGUUGUAAAUUCAUUUUGUAUGUAUCUCCCUAGUCAGAUAUCAGAUAUCUAAAAUCUCGAUUCUAUUCUUCCGUCAGGUGUCCCUCUGAUUGAUGGAGGCACGGUCCGACUACCGCGUCUCAUCGGACUUUCGCGAGCCCUUGACCUGAUUCUGACCGGGCGGCCGGUAGGAGCGCAGGAGGCUCUCGCCUACGGCCUGGCGAACAGAAUCGUCCCUGAUGGCCAAGGUAUCAGGAUUCUAUCAGUCCAAAAAACAAGUUUAAGUUAGUGUAAAGGGGAAUCGGGAAACUUUCAGGUCAGUACACAGCUGCGUACAGAGAUGUUGACAGUUUUUGGUACAGAGUGUUGCUGUUUGUGCUUUAAGACAGCAACUGGUAGAGAUUAGAAGAGCAGAUAUGGGGGAGGCCGGCAGUCCUUGGUCUGUUGGGGGAAGUAAAAUUUGUUACUCACUGAAAACCGGUCAUGUAUCUCCCACAGGCAAACACCACUGUGACCCAUUUUCACUCAGGAAAUCUUUAAGGGACUGCCUCGUAGGUUAUAUCAGACGAAUUCCAGUGAGUCUGUUUUCUUUAUUUGGCCUCAGCAUCACUCUGAGGCUUUAACUCAGUGUUUGCUUCACUCAUAAUGUAUAAGACUGAGGAUUACGUGUCAUUUCUGAAUUAUGUUAACGCAUGAACACUCCUUUAUGGUUAAAUCCCUGAACGUGUGAAUCCCCACACCCCUUUAAUGCUAGAAGAUUAGCUUAAUUCUAUUAGGAAGUCCCUCUCCCCACAGUCAAGCCCCGGCCUAAUUGGCCUCUCUGCAGCCCGACGGUUUAACUUCAGAGCGGAGUGACGAAGCAGCUCACAAGCACAUACGUAAAAUGUGGCAUCAUGGGACGGGGUUCAUUUUCCCAUAGGGCUGAUCUUGAUGUGGUUCAGGGCUUUUAUGUGCAUGGCCAGGCACCGAGGCAUGAGAAACACUAACAGGGACUCAGCAGGGAGGAGCGGGUGAUUGUGGUUUAUUUAAUAACAGAAAGAGGUUUAAUAUAAACAUUAAAAGCACUAAAGAUACAAUCACUGCACCUUUCAGCUACUGUCUGAUGAAGAUGAAGUACCAACUUGGAGCUGAGAGGAGAUGCUGUAUUGAGUAUUUGUUUAUUUAUUCUCAUUCUUUGGACGGCUGCUCCUCUGAUAUUAUGGUGUAAAAUUAAUUUAGGGUCAAACACACCGUAGCACUAAGUUAGACACCCCCUCGAGAGAUGAAUGUUGCCGACUGCUUGCUCCUCUAGUUAAACCAACUUGAGUAACGCCCGCAUGAUAGCAAUACACGGCGGUCUAUGGAGCCACACACAAACCAAAUGUUCUUCCUUGAGCUGCGUCACCCCGCAGCAGUCUGUAAUGGACUGUCCUGAGGUCUCACUACAAACAAGCGGCUGCUGGAAGUGAGUAGGUGAGUUGUGUUUAGUCUCUUUGCUAAAAAAAUUAGGCAAAGUUAAAAAGAUGUUUGGUGUUCUGUUGAUGAAGUUAGGUGCUGUUCUAAACAUUAUUAGUGGCGAUUUGGUUGAGCAUGUGGCUCUCUGUAUUGCUAUCUUACAGUCAUUACUAAAGUUGGUAUAACUAGAGAAGCAAGCAGUCGGCAGCAUUCAUCUCUCAAGGGGGUGUCUAACUCGGUGUUACGGUGUGUUUGACCCUAAAUUAAUUUUACGCGGAAUAUCCCUUUAAUGGGAACUAAAGCUAGACUACUUACUAAAAUGGAAAUCUAAUACUGUGUUGGUAGAAUUAAAUUUAGAGAUUACAAACACAUCAACAUUUAGCUUUCCUAUGGUACUAAUUAGGGCUGGGCGAUAUGGCCUCAAAUCAGUAUCACGAUAUAUUGAGCAGUUCACCUUGAUAACGAUAAAUGGACGAUAACUACUCCUCAAGCAGCUCACCCCCCUUCCACAUUAACUUAGGAUAACAUAGGACAGUGUCUUACAGGGACAUGAGAUUAUAACCUACCUACACACAUCCAAAACCAACUUUUAUUUAUUUGUUUUUUUUUAAAAAGAAUAUACCAAUAUGGGCAAAAUGAUGUUGGUUAUUGUUGUAAAUUUUGGUACCAGUAAAUUUUCGGUUUAUCGUCCAGCCCGAAUAUUAAUGCUGCAUGUCAUGUGGAUUAUGUUCUGAAUGUGCCGUGUAUGUCUCUUCACAGCUUUACAGGCGGCUGUGCAGUUAGCAGAGGAGAUCAGUUCCUUUCCUCAGCAGUGUCUGCGGGCCGACCGCUCCUCAGCCAUGUACAGCUGCUAUGAGGCUCCAUCCUUCAAACAGGUACACCUCAUAAUGAAAUCCAAACUCAAAUCAUGAGUGUCUUUGUUCUCAAAGAUAAAGUAGUGUUUUAUUUGGCCUCUUGUGUUGUCAUGUCCAGGCCAUGCAGUAUGAGAUAGACCACGGAGCUCCAGUUAUCCAAGCAGAAUCUGUCGCCGGAGCAACCAGGUUCACCACUGGAGCGGGAAGAGGAUGA